AUGCCCCUCUCUCCCGCCAAACUGCCUCCCGGAGCGAGUGAAGAAAUGCAUGCCAUCGCAUCAGAGCUGCCAUUUGAAUUACUGAACCCACCAAGCAUGGUAGGGCGUGACCACCUUCUGGAGGGGGACAUAGCAGUAAGCCCAGAACAGUGGGGAACGCUCCUUACCCGAAGGAGUCUGCUAGCAAAUGCCAGUGACACCCCUUCAGAGAGGAAGGCGAUACACCUGGAAAGGUUUUUCUGGCCUCCGGACCCCACCACAGGAAUUCCCACUGUCUAUUUUGCUUUUGCCAGCACAGUAACACGCAAGCAAAUGAUUCGCGACGCCAUGAGUGUCUGGGAACGAGAAACAUGCGUAGAUUUCCACGAGAUAGACGACGGCGAUUACAGCAGACCCUACAUCAGGAUCAUCGAAGGGCAGGGAUGCUGGAGUCAUGUCGGCAGAACAGGGAGAAGCGGCCAACAACUCUCCAUCAGCGAAACCUGCUACAAGGAAGGGAUUAUCCUGCACGAGCUGGGUCAUGCGAUGGGACUCUUCCACGAACAGAGCCGGAGUGACAGAUCAGACUAUAUCAAGGUUAACUUCACCAACGUGAAAGCUGGGAAGGAGAUAAAUUUCCUUAAAGAGGAAACAAAUAACUUCGGCGUUCCUUAUGAUUAUUCAUCCAUUAUGCACUAUCAAUCAACGGCCUUUUCAAAGAAUGGAAGACCAACCAUUGUCACUUUGACACCAGCUAUGCAAGUUUACAUUGGACAACGAAAGCAACUCAGUUUUAGAGACAUAAGCAUUGUUAAUCACAUGUAUAACUGUAUGGAUAUUUGGAGCAACUCGUGCGAAUCAACAGUUACCUGCCAGAAUGGUGGAUACCUAGGGAAGGAUUGCACAUGUGUCUGUCCGCCAGGGGUGUCUGGCGAAUUUUGCCAAAACUCCCUAAAAUCUUACUAUCCUUCUCCAAUCUGUGGUGGGAACAUUACCGAAGCUGGCACCGUCAUCACCUCUCCAAAUUAUCCCAACUACUACCCAGCUGACACUGCCUGUGUUUGGUGGAUUCAAUCAGACGACGAAUGCAAACGACCAGUUAUCACCGUCGAAGAUUUCGAACUAUUUGUCCGAAUGGGAAAUGGACAAUGUGCCUUAGAUAGACUCGAGAUAAGGACUGAAUCAAUUUACUACGGCGAUGAGUACUGUGGAAAAGAUCUUAGGGAAGGCACAGCUGUGACCGCCAUGGGGAAAGAUUUGGUGCUGGUCUUUAGUGCCAAAGUCAGCUGGCGGACGGGGUUCAAGUUCACCGUCGACUUCACGAAAGGAUGUUUGAAGUGUAAGGCGACCGAGAGAGCUCCCUACAUUGAGUGGCAAUCUCCGCUGUAUCCUGACCUUUACCCAAACAAUCAACAGUGCGACCUGACGAUAGCCCCUGGUGUGCCAAAGUUGACGUACGUGGUCUUCAACAAUGUUGAUCUCCCUACAAAUUGCCACGAUUACAUCUCCAUCAACAGUGCUUUCGGCAGCACCCAGAGGAUUUGUGGAAGCAGAACAGGCAUGCGACGGCUCAUAGGAUCCUAUCAUACAGCGUUGUUCAAGAGUGACAGCAACACGGGAACACAGGGGUGGGAGAUGUCCUUCAAGCAGGUCAGCUCUGGCUGUCAUAGAAAUAUCUACGUCAGCUCGAGGUCUCCCAGAGGAGUCCUUACUUCACCUUCUUACCCGAGGAGUCAUCCCAGAUAUGCUCAGUGCGAAUGGUGGUUGAGAGCACCAGCUGGUCGCAGGAUAAUGCUCACCUUCGAAGUGCUGCGCCUCUCCACGAACGCUUACUUCCCAACCAGAAGGUGGUUCCAGAUGAGAUACUACCAGAAACGUUGCAAUCGAGGAUAUAUCCUAGUCUCCACCACAGGAGACCGAACUUACAAUCCGCGUAGACGUUCGUACAGGAUCUGUGGUUACAGGAAUGACGGCUACAGGAUCACGUCCUCUAGUAAUCGCCUAUCCCUGUUCUUCUACGGAGGUGCGGCUCGGACGAAAGGCAUGAAAGUCAUAUACAGUUUGGUUUAAAGGCUCUGAUGAAGAUUAGAGUAAAUGCACGAUUUCAGUACGUCGACUGAAGAGAUGACAAAGUAAUGAUGAAGUUGCAGGUAACAAAGACCGUUGAAGUUUUCUCUGGGUACCUGAA